AUGGCGAUGAACGUCACGCGAAGCACCAGAGCUCUGGGAGCUCUGCGGCCCCUGGCAGCUCGCUCUGCUCUCAAUGCCCGCCAGUACUCCUCUUCUUCCGAACCAGACCUCAAGACCACCCUCAAGCAGGUCAUCCCCGCCAAGCGAGAGCUCCUGAAGAAGGUCAAGGCCCACUCCGACAAAGUCAUUGGCGAGGUUAAGGUCGAGAACACCCUCGGCGGCAUGCGCGGUCUCAAGGCCAUGGUUUGGGAAGGCUCAGUCCUCGACGCGAACGAGGGCAUUCGCUUCCACGGAAGAACCAUCAAGGACUGCCAAAAGGAGCUCCCCAAGGGAAAGACGGGAACAGAGAUGCUCCCCGAGGCCAUGUUCUGGCUUCUCCUGACCGGCCAGGUCCCCUCCACAAACCAAGUUCGCAAGUUCUCUCGCGAGCUCGCCGAACAGGCUCAGCUUCCCGCAUUCGUCAACAAGAUGCUGGACGACUUCCCUACAGACCUGCACCCAAUGACCCAGUUUGCCAUCGCCGUCUCUUCCCUAAACUACACUUCCAAAUUCGCCAAGGCCUACGAGCAGGGUCUCAACAAGGCUGACUACUGGGAGCCCACUUUCGACGACGCCAUCUCUCUGCUGGCCAAGCUUCCCACCAUUGCCGCCAAGAUCUACCAGAACUCCUACAAGGGCGGCGGUGCCCUCCCUGCCGAGGUCGACCUCGAGCAGGAUUGGUCUUACAACUUCGCUGCUAUGCUUGGAAAGGGCGGCAAGAAGAACGAGAACUUCCAGGAUCUUCUGAGGCUCUACCUCGCCCUCCACGGUGACCAUGAGGGAGGCAACGUCUCCGCCCACGCCACCCACCUGGUUGGCAGCGCUCUCAGCGAUGUCUUCCUCAGCUACAGCGCCGGUCUCCAGGGUCUUGCCGGACCCCUUCACGGACUCGCCGCUCAGGAGGUUCUUCGAUGGAUCCUCCAGAUGAAGGACAACAUCCCCAAGUCCUACUCUGACAAGGAUGUCAACGACUAUCUGUGGUCCACUCUCAACUCCGGCAGAGUCGUUCCUGGCUACGGCCACGCCGUUCUCCGCAAGCCCGACCCCCGUUUCGAGGCCUUGAUGGACUACGCCGCCGCGCGACCCGAGAUCGCUCAGGACCCAGUAUUCCAGUUGGUGGAGAAGAACAGCCGCAUCGCUCCUGAGGUCCUCAAGAAGCAUGGCAAGACCAAGAACCCUUACCCCAACGUUGACUCAAGCUCUGGUGUCCUCUUCCACCACUACGGCUUCCACGAGACGCUUUACUACACCGCCACCUUCGGUGUCUCUCGUGGUCUUGGGCCCCUUGCACAGCUCAUCUGGGACCGCGCUCUCGGCCUGCCCAUUGAGCGCCCCAAGAGCAUCAACUUGGAGGGUAUCCUCAAGCAGGUUGAGGGUGCUUAA